AUGAAUCCAGACUCCUACAAGAAGAUUGGCCAGAAACUCACCAAGCUUGAAUAUCAAUCAGGAUUUGCUGUCACACUCAAAUACAAGAAGACAAAGACAACAGCUUCCUGCGAUGAAGAAUUUGCCACACCAGCCCUUACAUCUGAAUUCAAGGUCAAGAAGGUUGGCAAGAUCCAGUGUGGAUUCAAGGACGGAAAGUCACAGCUCAUUUUCUCACCAAAGCUCGAAAAGCUCGAUGCUAAGCUUGAUUUCAACGCCAUUGACAACUCAUUCCUCUUCGAGUAUGCCAAGAAGGUAAAACCAAUCAACUCCCUCGUUACAAUCAAGUACGAUUCUGCUAAGAACGAACCAUCCGUUCUUAUUCAGCCAAAGUUCAAGCUUAACAAGAUCAACUUCGAUGCUAACCUCUUGUUCAAGAAGCCAGUCGAAAACUGCCCACCAGUUAUCUUCCAGGCUCACGCUGCUUACAAGAAACUCUUCCUUUGCUCCUGCUUCAACGAAGAAGAGAAGGAAUACCGCGCCGCUGCCUUUGCCAAGCUCUUCAAGGGAAUCCACGCUGGUGCACUCCUCCACUUCGAUCCUCUCGCUGAGAAGCAAAUGAAGGCUGUCGAUGUCUUUGCCAAGUACUCCUUCAAGAAGGGCAAGAUCGCCGCCAUCACAACACUCCUCGGAGAGAAGCCAGUCGUCAAGGUUAACGCUAAGGCCAAGGUCGGAAAGAAGGCAAAGAUCGGAAUUAACACAGUUUACGGUGAAACAAUCACAGGCGACUUCGGUGUUAAGGCUGACCUCAAGAAGUUCAAGUUGAACCUCAUCGUCAACGCUAAGAAGGAAUCCGACGAAAUUUCUGAAGGUUUGAUCGCUCAGACUGCCUUCAAGGUCAAGAGGGUCGGCAAGGCCAAGGUUGGCGUUGCUAUCCCAUCCAUUCAGGAGGCUCAGAAGGCUCACUUAUUCGUCAACCUUAAGAUCAAGGACUAA